AAAUCGUAUUAAGUAUUUCAUUGAAAAUCUGAAAUAUAGUCCCUUUAUAUUCAUGCAAAUUAUAUGUGAAACAAUUUCGCUGGCAUUGUAUUCAAGUCAGCCAUUAAAUUCGCUUUGAAAAUGUACCCGAUACGUGUGACCUCCAUGCUGUGGUUGUUCUUCCUGAUUAGAAUGAUGUUCCAUUUUCAAGCCCUUAAAGCGGCGCCAAUAUCACAGUCCGUAGAGGUAGAGCCUUCUAAAUAUGCAUGGAGAGAAAAACGAGAAAGUACUUCAGAGCAGCCGUCUUCGGAAACACUCGAUGACACUGUCAUGAUUACGAUGCCAGAUAGACGAACGAGCACACCGGAGGUAUCCCAGAUGAUACCAGAAGAUUCUCCGAGCAGUAGCACAGCGGAAAUCCAAAGAAGUACGCAAGAGGCAAACCAAAGGAGACCAGAUGAACUGCAGAGAGUGAUACAAGAGGUCAACCAAAAGAAACCAGAGGAAUCCCAGACAAAUAGUGCAGUGGAAUUGCAAAUAAGCAGCCCAGAAGAAUUCCAAAGAAAUAUUCCAGUGGAGCCGCAAGGAAGUGGCACAGUGGACCCCCUGAAUAAACCAGAAGAACCCCAGAGAAGUAGCCAAGAGGAACCCCAAAGCACUAGCACAAUGAUUCCUCAGGGGAGACUAGAAGGAACCCCUAGAGGGAUACCGGAAGAACCCCAGAUAAGCAUUACAGUGGAACCCCAAAACAGUAGCACAGUGGUUAACCAUUGGACAACAGAGGACAACACCGAAGAAGCAGCCGGCCACAGCACAACGACAAAACCUGAACCUCAAACCCGAACCCGAACCCAAAACCAAGCCUCAAACAAAAAGAUGCAAGAGACCACCGACGGCAUUGGUGGCAGUAUUGUCGUGGCGAAGCACGGCUACCCUCCGGAUAAGGGACUUCGUAUGUUUGGGUUAAAAUCAUUUAAAAUUCCUAAAGCGGACCCUCAGUUGGACAGCAGCCCCAGAUCUACGGCAAAUGUGAUCAAUGAAAGCACACAAUAUCAGACACAGCUGACGAUACCUCUGGCACGAACAUACGAACUCAAAAAUCUUCAGUGGAGAGCGGUAAAGAACAAGUGGAAGCAGAUGGACUAUGAGGAUGUGUGGUUGGACACGCGACUGGCGAUUGGACAGUAUAGCAGGAUUCCCCGUAUUCGAAUGGCAUCAAAUCCACUCGUCAACUAUUAUCCAGACGAUGCCAAAUUGGGGACAGUUUGCAAGCAAAAGUCCACGCUCUAUGGCAACAUAGGGUGGGAGAGAACACAUUCUAGAUUUUCAUAUUUUCCACACAAGAUCUACAUGAGGCCGCGCACAUACAGAGUGGUUGAUAAAAACUUUUGGAACAGACGAACCCUUAAUAGAUGCCACACUGGAAAGCUGUUGACCAGCGAUAUCAAUAAGUUUCUCUACUGCGAGAUUCAGCGUCACAUGUACUCGUCGGCUUAUUGCAAGAAACUUACGAAAGAACAACUAAUCGAUGUAGAGAUAUGAUGAUAAAUAUCUAUAAAAAUAUGAACAAAAGA